CGAGUUCUAAAUCCCUUCUCCCUGUGUAUACUUCAUUCAAAGGUUAUUAUUCCAUAUUUUUGUCUCUGCUCACAGGGUUGUGUGAAAGCUGUUUGUCCUUUGAAUAGUGAUAAUAAUAAAUAAAGGUUAUCCCAAUUGGUACUGACAACUGCUACAUAGCAGAUAACCGUUGAAGGUGGAAUUGGGCAUGCCAUGAGGGUGACAUGUUGCAGCCCAGACAUUAAUGUUCCCUACUUGGGAACCCCAGGAACAAGGUUUGGUUCUCAAGAAGCCCUUUUCUUUCUUCAAAAAUGUAACAAUUUCAAGAAGCUCAAACAAGUUCAUGGCAGAAUUAUCCGUUUUGGUCUUUCCUAUGACCAAUUGCUCAUAAGGAAGCUAAUUGAGCUUUCUUCCACUUUUGGCAAAUUGAACUAUGCCACUAUGGUGUUUGAUCAACUCAAUUCCCCAGAUACCUUCACCUGGAAUGUCAUGAUCAGAGCUUGUACCAUUAGUGGUUCUCCCAAAAUGGCACUUCUUUUGUUCAAGGCCAUGCUAUGCCAGGGCUUGGCACCUGACAAGUUUACAUACCCUUUUCUGAUCAAUGCCUGCAUGGCCUCUUCUGCCCUUGGUUUUGGAAGAGUGGCCCAUGCUCUGGCAAUCAAAAUGGGAUUUUGGGGUGAUCUCUAUGUGCAGAACACCAUGAUGAAUCUUUACUUCAAGUGUGAGAAUGUUGAUGGUGCGUGCAAGGUGUUUGAUAAAAUGCGUGUUCGCAAUGUGUUCACUUGGACCACCGUGAUUGCUGGCCUUGUUGCUUGCGGGAAAUUGGAUACUGCCCGGAAGCUAUUUGAGAGGAUGCCUUCCAAAAAUGUUGUUGCUUGGACUGCAAUGAUUGAUGGGUAUGUGAAACACAAGCAACCCAUUGAAGCCUUUAAUCUGUUCGAAAGAAUGCAGGUUGAUGAUGUGAGGCCAAAUGAGUACACUCUGGUGAGUUUGGUCAGAGCUUGUACUGAGAUGGGUAGCCUCAGGUUGGGUAGAAGGGUUCAUGAUUAUGCUCUCAAGAAUGGUUUUGAACUUGAGCCUUUCUUGGGUACCGCACUUAUAGACAUGUACAGCAAGUGUGACAGCUUGGAUGAUGCAAGGACAGUGUUUGACAUGAUGCAGGUGAGAACCUUGGCCACCUGGAAUACAAUGAUCACUAGCUUGGGUGUGCACGGGUUUAGAGUUGAAGCCAUAUCACUUUUUGAAGAAAUGGAAAAGGCAAAUGAGGCUCCGGAUGCUAUCACUUUUGUAGGUGUUCUCAGCGCUUGCAUUUAUAUGAAUGACGUGGAACUAGCUCAGAAGUAUUUCAAUCUUAUGACAGAUCGUUAUGGUAUAACACCUAUCUUGGAACACUAUGAAUGCAUGGUUGAAAUCUAUACUCGUGCUUAUAGGUUGGAUGAGAUUUACACGUUAGGGAACGCAAUGGAAUCAAAUCAUGAUGUUGCAGAAUUGCUCCGGAAGAGCAAACUCACUAGUAUCAAUGACAUAAAAAAACUUAUACUAAAGCAAUACGGGGAUGUGGCAUUCUCAGAACUAGUUCUAGAUCAUUCCUCCACGAGCUCAAGUGGGACGCAGAUUGAUAUCAACCAAACAAGUAAAUAAAUUGUGACUUUGUUCUCAUUUACUGUCACACAAUGUGAGAGAUUCAAGCCAAGAUGUGUUCUGUGGAGCUUUUAAGAGAAGUCUAUAUACAUAGCCAAACGGAUGCCUUUAGUUUGUGUUUAACAUGUUGCGGGAUGCAUGAUGAUCAGCGCAAUUUGUCGUAUAAACUAAAUAAAAAUUCAUUCUGGGAUGUGAAGAGUUCAUAUUUACAGUAAAUAUUUAAACAGAUGAGAUUGACACAUGUUAGUAUAUUUUUAUUUUAUUAAACUUUUGUAAUUGUAUCCCUCGAGUCUAUUAAGACAAUUUGAGUCAAUCGGUUAUAUUAA